GCGCAAGGUCAAGCUUGGGAAGAGUAGGUCAAUCGAGAAUCCUUACCUAGCCGGCCGAAUGCCAAUAUAGAGCCUGAUGGCCGAUACUGACAACCUUGUGCAAAAAGCUCUUCGAAUACUCCAGGACCGCCUGCCGACCUUGCUGCAGUCGCCACUUCCUCAGGAGAUCCUCGCGCCCAACAUCUCACUUCACCUCUUCCCAUCGACGCAUCCAUACUUGCCCACGGUCUCUGGGCGGGUAGGUUAUAUAGCUGCCCUGUGGACUUCGCCCAUUGCUUGGAACAGGUUCCCAAUCGUGGGCAAUGUCAAGCUCGACAUACUCUCGGAACGUGUCACGAGCCACCCCGUGCAUUCCUCUCCCAAGAGGUCGGGUGCCUAUCCCGAGCAGCUCGUGGUUAGGUGGCGUACAUGUGACAGCAGAUCGAAGAGCUCCCCCAGCACAGCAACUGCCGAGGAUGGGGAGCAGCGCCUUGAUGGGCAUCUCCGUGGCACCCAGGCUGUGGGCGAGAAAAAGGCCUUUACUGGUCUCUUCAUCUUCGAAUUCGACAAGGACGGCCGGAUCCUCAGUCACACGAUUGAGCACGUGGAUGAGAGUGGAGAGUGGGAGAACGGCGUUGGGGCCAAGGUGGUAGGUCUUACGGACUGGCUCCUUGGUGGCAUCAAGGGCCAUCGGGAUGGUGGUGCUGGCCCGGUGCCAUUGUUUGAGUCCGCCCUUAAAAAGGGCGAGGGAAGGUCGCGGUGAUCACCUGCAUGGACAGGCAGGCAUCUUCCGAUUACGGUGCCGGAAAGCCAGUCAGUCGACAUGUCAUGCAAACAUGGCAUCCUGGUCGCUAACUGUGGGACAGGGAUAACGCACGAGGCUCCAGCCUUGUGUCUCUGUGGCGCCACUUCACGCUGUGUAUAGUAAUAUGUGAUGUACGAACAAGCUGUACCACUACAUUUGUACCAAUACAAAAUCGCAUCUACAAAA